AUGGCAGCCCCAGCUUAUUCUCAGAGCGCACCGAGGCCGGCUACCACGGGCGCCAUCAACAACCACGACGUCGAGGACUGGAAGCAGCGCCUGAACGGGGUCCUCGCCAAGCCUUCAGAGGUCGUGAAGAGUUCCUCGCCCGCGACAGCCCAGCCAUGGCACAACUCACUGUUCGGCUGCUGCAGCCCAAUCGACCUCUGCCUAAUCACGUACUGCCUGCCAUGCGUAACCUUUGGCAAGACGCACCACAGGUUGCGCAAGAACGGCGAGAUGGAGGGCUACGAGCCCAUCAACACCACCUGCCUCCUCUUCUGCGCGUCAGGCUGCGUCGGCCUGCACUGGAUCCCCAUGUCCAUGCAGCGCGCCGACCUGCGCGACAAGUACCACCUCCGUGGCAACUGCGCCACCGACAUGGCCACCGCGUGCUGCUGCGUGCUGUGCGACCUCGUCCAGCAGGAGAAGGAGUCCGAGCACCGCGAGCCGCUCGUCAACCCCGCCCGCGGGGUCCAGCAGGGCUACCAGACGCAGGGCGCAAUGGCGUAUCCCGCACCCGCUGCUCAUCCUCCGGCGUCAUCUGCACCGGUUCAGCAGGAGCAGGAGAAGGGCCAGGAGGGCACUACUACGGUGACCAGUGCUUAA